AUGCCUCUUUUCGAUACUUGGCCGAUAAUACUGGAUGUGGCUCUUGUGUUUCUUGCAGUCGCCCUGCUUCUGCGUCUUGGCCCUAAAUAUUUGGCUUCACGGUCACUCAUCCUUCCACCUGGUCCAAAAGGCUUGCCUUGGGUUGGAAAUCUGCGGAUGCUGCAUCAGGCACAGCAAAGGAAAUGGGAAGUUUAUGCUCAAUGGAGCAAACGAUGGGGUCGUCUGACAUAUCUGACUUCCCUCGGUUGGCGUAUUCUCAUCGUCAACUCGAAAGAAACUGCUAUCGAACUGCUGGAGCGAAGAGGUGCAAUUUACUGUGACAGACCAUCACUUUAUGUCGUGCGUCUUGUAGAACUGCACAACAUGAUCGGCCUGAAUGAUUAUGAUCACGGCCUUCGCACUUCUCGUCAAAUGGUAGCCCAAUUUAUCGGUAGUACAGCUGCACUGAAGCCUCUACACAGUGCGUUCGAGUCAGAGAGCAGUAGGUUUUUGGUAAUGCUCCUGGAGUCCCCUGACGAUUUUGCAGAUCAUGUUCGAACGCUCCUAGGUCGUACAAUUCUGCCCUUUCUCUACGGCUAUCACCCGAAAAUGGAAGGCGAGGACCCAGUGAUUCGAUGUGCGAAGCGGGGUAUGGAGGCGUUCGACCAUGUCACCGAUUUCGGGUUAUUUCCCGUGGACGUUGUCCCCCUAUUGAGAUACAUACCGCAUUGGCUUCCAGGCGGAAGGUGGAAGCAUCUGAUUCGCCCGUACAAAACGGCCCUCGACGAAAUGGGAGCGGUGCCGUUUGGAUUCGUCAAAGAACAGGUGUUGGAAGGAAAAGCAGAGCCCUCCUUUGUCUCAAGGAACCUUGAAUGUUUCGGUCCACGACCUACUUUUGAGCAAGAACAUCACCUCAAAUGGACAGCGGCGGGCGUCUGGGCUGGUAAGACUGAUAAGCUCAUGUCCGCGGCAUAUCAGACUCCGGCUGUCAUGAGCAAUUUCUUCCUCGUCAUGAUGCUAUAUCCUGAGGCUCAGGCCAAGGCUCAAGCGGAGAUUGACCGUGUGGUUGGACACGAAAGAUUGCCUAUGAUGGAAGAUCGUCCGAACUUACCCUAUGUCGAGGCACUGAUUAAGGAGCUACUCAGGUUCUACCCGCCUGUUCCUCUCGCAUUUCCGCAUAUCAGUCGCCAAGAUGAUAUCUAUGACGGAUACCUAAUUCCAAAAUCGACUAUGGUUAUCGUGAACGUGUGGGACAUCAUGCGCAAUUCACAGUACUACUCGGACCCCUUCACGUUCAAUCCAGAGAGGUUCAUUGCCACAUCGGAUCGUGAGGCUGAGCAGGAUCCUGCGAAGUUCGUCUUCGGGUUUGGUAGAAGAAUAUGUCCAGGUCGAAGGUUCGCUGAUGCAAUUGCGUUCAUUUGCAUCGCCAAAGUUCUUUCCGUUUUCAACACCGCCAAACCUCUGGAUGCGAAUGGCAAUCCUAUAGAACCAGCCGUAGAUCAUGAGGACGGAACAGUCAGCCAUCCAAGGCCAUUCAAGUGUUGUUUUAAGCCUCGGUCUGAGAGGGCUGCUGUACUCGCCAGCGAUUCUAUUGCUCACGAUUAG